AUGCUCCCAAACCUAGAGUCACAAGACAGUCACAUUCGCGCGGAAGCCGAAAGUAUUGUAAAUUCGCUCUCCACUAUUGAAGAAUUGGAGCGGCACAUCGUCAAUUGCGCCACGGCUUUAAGCGCCCUAGGCGCCCCAGCACCAGACAAUGGGAGCGAACUUGUGGAGGAAGUCAAGGGAUUCAUAUCCGAUGCCCGGAAGUCUCAGCAUUACCAUCUAUCCAUCGUUCAGUCACUGUCAAAAGCCAUACAACUACGAGUGGACAGGAUUGACAACUGGAGCUCGAUGGCUUUGGCGUUCAGGCGCGGGGGGGAGGUUGCUAUCACCGACGCUAUGCGAGCAUUUGCCGCAUCAAGAGCGGAAGUUGUUGCUUGGAUAACAGAGCUGCGCGCUGUGGUCUCAGCGCACGAAGAGGGACUCAGAAGGGAGGCGCGGUCCGACAUCACAAGGCUUCUCGUCAACGAUCUACAAAUGUUCACUGACGCCAAUCUUGACUCCUCUGAACCAAUUCACAUCCAGCCUAUACGACAAGCCCUCAACGAUGCAUUAGCCAAGCUCUCUGCGCAGCAAUUUGACUUGACCAUGCAGCCGUCUAUGCAGCCGUCAUCAGAGGAGAGGAGUGCCCCUAUUUUCACAAUCCAGGAGGAGAUGGAUCUGGCGUUCGACCUCUUCAAAGCCCUUGUAGCCAUGCAGAGGUACCUGGAAAGUGCAAGGACAGUGGUGGAAAAGCGGAGGCGGGCGUUGGACGAGAAUCUUGCCCCCAAUCCCCGCGGCUGGACAAAAUGGCACCUACAACGGGCUUUCGACGCAAGCGUUAGAAUCUACGACGAGGCUAUCAAAAGCAGGAAUCACGUAAUGGAAAGCCUGUCUCUUCGUGUGAAGUACAUCGAAGACCACAUUUCCCUAGACGAUCGAGCUAUCCUUGCCCCCGCCAACAGCUUUACCAUCACCAGUACUUCAAGUAGUAGUAAUAGCAGUAGCACCCCGUGA